AUGUAUUUCACAUUUCUGUUCUUCGUCUUCCUUUCCCUUUCGAUAUUCUCUCGCGUCAACUCGUCUGCUCUCCCUCAGGGCGUCUUUGAGACUAUUGUUCCUCCAGGAGGCAUUCCACCCGGGUGUCAGUCCACAUAUGGCGAAAAAUUCAACUUUAGGAGUAUAUAUGGCCCAGUUGGAUAUCCUGGAUUCCAUCGUAUCUGUGCUACCCCUGGACAGCUACAAAUCAGAGUUACCAACGGAAUCAUGACCGAUCAGAUAGGACGAAUUGGUGCCGUCGUUGCCAAUAGACAAAUCCAGUUUGAUGGGCCCCCAGCCCAGUCAGGCUCUGUUUACACCGGAGGAUGGUCUGUUUGUGAUGAUGGAACUUUGGCACUAGGACCACAGAAGUUCUUUUUUGCUUGCGCAAGUGGUACCUUUUCCAAUCUUUACGAUCAGAAAAUCGCGGGAUAUUGCAAGCAAGUAGUGUUCCAAAUAAUGCCUAUUGCGGACUGUUAG